CUCUGAGAGCGGAUGUGUGUGGUACCUAUGCUUUGUACACUAAAUGCUUUUAAAGAAGGGAAAUACCUCUCCGUUCUCUCUCCAUUUCUGUGAAAGAUGAAAAGAAUGACUACGGAAUGGGUCCAAGACUGAAAUAACAAGCUGUUAUUCCAGGAUAGUCACCUGUCUCAUUGUGUGAUGGACUCAGGUGAAAAGUUAGCAUGCUGAGGCCCAGAGUUCCCGGCUCUUUCAGAUCAACCUGACUUGGCAAGAUGUUUUCAAGUCGGAGGCGGUUCUUGGAAGGGUUCAAUCACCCCCAAAGCGAAUCUUCUCUGGAUUCUCCAGGCAGUGUGGUGCUGCAGGCUCUCUAUGACUAUCAGUACAAAUCUGAAGAUGGAAGGCAGGUGAUUAUCGCGGAAGGGGAGAUCUUUCAUCUUGUGCACAAGGCCAAUGAGGAUUGGUGGCAGGUGAAGCGGUUCGGCCAGCCCAAGCAGAAGAGGCCCAUCUUUGUCCCAGCAUCCUAUGUGGCUGAAGUGACCUAUGAUGAAAGAGCAAGCCUACAGCAAAAUGUCUUCUUCCAUCCUGGCAUCCAUUCAGAAAAGGAUGGAGGUCCAGCAUGCUUGGAAAUGUCUCAUUCUCUGGAGGAUCUUUGGGUGCAGCCAUCCCCAUCGUCUUCCCACACAAAUCUAUUGUCCUGCCGCAACCACCUUUCUGCCAAGAUGAAAAUCCAUCAGCUGUCUCUGGGUAGGCGUCACAGCCUGAGUGGCCUAUCUCAGAUGAAAUGCAAAAGCACAAAGCAAUGGCAACAUUCAGAGGAAGAGCUAGCAAGAAGUGAGAGAUAUUAUAGGAUGUUGGAUGAUACUCCUCCACCUCUCCUUGGGGAGAAGCCUCCAAUUUAUUACAAUCUGGAGGAGAUGAAGCAGUUGCCAACAACACCUCCUACCCCACGCAGCCCACCAGUACAGAUGCUAGAAGCUUGGGAACGUCACGUAGACUCCAGCUCCCUGCGUAGUUACUACUAUAAGCCUGCAACAGGUGAAAAGUCAUGGAAGCCACCCAGGAGGAGCCAAGAGAUGAGCUUGGUGCAAAUAGAGGGAAAUGAUCUCUCAGCUCCAGCAGAUCCUACUCCAGGAGCCAACCUGGACCAAACAGAAGAUAGAGUGAGCGGGGAGCAGCCUGGGGCUCAAAGUCUCCACAAAAAGCUGGGACAUACCAGAUCCUUGAUGUUGCCAGAGACAUGGCCUCACAAGGGGAACCAUCGGCGGAACCAUUCCCAAUAUAGCUUCGAUGCUUGGUUAGGAGAAUAUUCUGUGCCAUCACCUACCAAUGGCUCCAUCACAGACAAUGCUGAAUUACUGCAUAUGGUGGAGAAAUGUGGACAGCUGAACAAAACCAAGAUUGCUGAAGGAGGUCGGAAACUCAGAAAAUGCUGGGCAUCAUCGUGGCUGGUAUUAGCUGGGAACAGUCUCAUGUUCUACAAGGACCCCAAAGUGACCGCUGCAUGGACUCCAUCUGGUAGCCGGCCUGAAAGCAGUGUGGAUUUGCGUGGGGCUCGUAUUGAGUGGGCUCGGGAUUUGUCCAGCAAGCGGAAUGUCUUCCAUUUUCGCACAGUGACUGGCAACGAGUAUCUCUUGCAAUCAGAUAAUGAAGCUGUCAGCCAGGACUGGUAUCAGGCAAUCAAAGGGGUCAUCCAGAGACUAGAUCAAGAGAACCCUCUGGAUGAGCCGCUUCUGUACCCACUCUAUCGGUCAAACAGUGCUGAGCUUGUGGAUUUGAGCUGGGAUGAUGAAGAGGAACUUGGGGUCUCCAAGGGUGAAGUGCAAGCAGCCCCCGGGAGUCCUGGCAGAGUCUACAAGAAAAGAGUCAAAAGCAAGCUGAGACGCUUCAUCGCCAAGAGGCCACCCCUGCGAAGUUUACAGGAGAAAGGACUGAUCCGAGAUCAAGUCUUUGGCUGUCGGCUAGAAGCCCUGUGCCAGCGAGAAGGGGGCACAGUACCCCGGUUUGUUCAACAAUGUGUGGAAGCUGUGGAACAGAGAGGGCUGGAUGCAGAUGGAAUCUAUAGGGUCAACGGGAACUUGGCCACUAUUCAGAAGCUGAGAUUCAUAGUUGACCGUGAACGGGCAGUGACAUCUGAUGGGCGCUAUGUCUUCCCGGAGCAACGUUGCCAAGAGGAGAAGUUGAACCUGGCCAGUCCACAGUGGGAUGAUGUGCAUGUGAUAACAGGGGCCCUGAAGCUUUUCUUCCGAGAGUUACCUGAAUCCCUAGUGCCCUACAGUCACGUUGGUGAAUGCAUAGCUUCUGUCAAGUUGUCUGAUCACAAGGAAAAAGUGUCAAAGAUUGCUGGGCUGAUCCAGACUCUCCCUCAACCAAACCGGGACACACUGCAUUACUUACUUCAGCACCUCCGCAAGGUGAUGGAUCACUCAGGUAUCAACCGGAUGACCACUCAGAACAUUGGAAUUGUUUUUGGGCCAACGCUGUUGCGACAUGAGCGAGAUGUAGCCAGCCUGAUAGAGGACAUGGUGUACCAGAAUCAGGUGGUCGAGUUGCUUCUUACUGAAUUUGCUAGCAUCUUUGGGACAGGUGCUGAAUGACUUUGUUGAUACUUUUUUUUUUUUUGAAUAUGGAUUGCUUUAUUCUCAAGACAUAGGGGAUCACAAUCUGUUUCUGAAGCAAGCAUGGAUGCUGUGAAACUCUCUGCACCAAUCACAGCAGCGUAGCUUACCAUCAUCUUCGGAAAAGGUAUUUUAUUAGGAAAGAUGGAUCUCUUCAUCCUACUUCUUCAAGAUUUGUUUUUUUUUUAGUUGAUCAAAUCUUUUAGCUGGUAUACCUUAGCAAAAACAUGUCAUAUUCAUACCCAGUAAACACCUGGUGAGAACCUAAAAGAGAAAUUAUAUGACUGAAAGCACUUUGGCUUUAAACAGUGAACAAGACCUGUUUAGAUGCAGAUUUCAAUCCAAACAAAUCUAUAAAAUGGAACCUUUAUUCCAUUAAUUAUUGGCAUUCUGUGCUGGAGGAGACAGACUUUCAUUAGAUGAACUGCCAGCCAGCCGAAUCCCCUAGGUUUAGUCUCCUGUCUGAUGUCACGGUGCCAAAUAGCCUCUGUACUCUUGAAACCCUAAUUCUUCAGGAUUACUUUCCCCAACUGCCCAUCAGAUGUAUUGGACUACAACUCCCAUGAACGUCUGCUACCACAGUCAAAAUCUUUCUAAGGAGAUGCCUUCUAAAUCAUUAUUAGAGCACACGAGUUUCCACCAAAAUAAAAUUGAAACUUCCAUUCAAAUUGCUAUUGUUUCUUACCAAAUAACCUAGGAAUCAUCAAAGGUAAUGUUUGACUAUUAAGAAAACCCCAGUUCUUUUACAAAAUGAUGGUUUGAAAAGAAAUAAAUAUUAUGAAUUCUCUGGCUCACCCCACGUGACCUAUUUCUCAGUGAGAUUUGUGAUUGACCAAGGAAAGUGUUCAGUAAUAAAAAUAUUGCCAGAUGUUCCAUUUCUUCUGUAUUGCUUUUGCCUGAACUUGGCCUUUUAGGGAUCUCAUUUAUUUUUUAGAUGUAUAUUGGGAUGAAUUAGGAAAAAUUCGCUGUUAUUUUUUCAUGCCCUUAACAAUUUUAUGAAUGUACAAACAAGAAGAAGCCUUUCUCCAUCUCUUCAUAAAAAACGGUUUAAUUCUU